AUGCAGGCGCGCCGCCUGGCCAAGCGCUCCAGCCUGGGCGGCCGCCGCGGGGGCCCCGCGCUGCACCCGCCGGGCCCGGCGCCCGAGAGCGGGAGGCCUCUGCUGCCCCCGCCGCCCCGGAGCGCGGGGACCGGCCCCCUUCGGGCCGCCGGGGCCGCCCUGUCGCCCGCGCUGCUGCUGCUCGGCGAGGAGGACGAGGAGGAGGAGGGCGCGGGCCGGCGGCGGGGGCGCGGACGGCUGCUGGAGAGGCCCCGCGGGGGCGCGGAGGACGGGGACGAGGACGAGGACGAGGACGAGGAGGGAGUCAUCGAGGUGGACGGCGACGAGGACGAGGACGGCGAGGAGCGCUUCCCGCCGCUGGGCCCUGGCCGCGCGGUCCCCAGGGGCCUGGCGCGGGGCGCGGGGAAGGUGGGGAGCAUUAAGCGGGACAUGACCUUCACGUUUCACCCGGAGGACCUAAAACGGGACUCGAGUAAAAAACUGCCUCAUCAGCCCUGGUUCCCCUUGGCCAUGGAGGAGGACGUGAAAACCGCCGACACCAGGCCGGCUGGCCGAGCCCCGGACCAUGACAGGGAAAACGCCCGCUCCGUCUGCCUCCUUGAGCAGAAGCGAAAAGUGGUCUCCUCCAGCAUCGACGUCCCCCCGGCAAGGAAAUCCUCGGAGGAACUGGACAUGGACAAGGUGACAGCAGCAAUGGUACUCACCAGCCUGUCCACGAGCCCUUUGGUUCGAAGCCCUCCUGUGCGGCCGACUGAGAACAUGAGCGGAUCCUGGAAGGAGGGCGGUGCCCCGUCCAGCAGCUGCAGCAGCGGCUACUGGAGCUGGAGCGCCCCCAGCGACCAGUCCAACCCAUCCACACCGUCGCCGCCCCUGUCCGCCGACUGCGCCAAGCCCUUCCGCAGCCCCGCGCCCGACGACGGCAUCGACGAGGCCGAGGCCGGCAGCCUGCUCUUCGACGAGCCCAUCCCCAGGAAGAGAAAGAACUCCAUGAAGGUGAUGUUCAAGUGCCUCUGGAAGAACUGCGGGAAGGUGCUGAGCACCGCGGCCGGGAUCCAGAAGCACAUCCGCGGCGUCCACCUCGGGCGUGCUGGGGACUCUGACUACAGCGACGGUGAAGAGGACUUCUACUACACGGAGAUCAAGCUCAACACAGACGCCGCGGCAGACGGGCCGGGCAGCCUGGCCCCGGCUCCGCCCCCGUCCCUGGCCUCAGCUCCCCCCUUCCCCAUCCCGGAUCCAAGCAGAACAGAGAGCCCUGGUGCCAAAGCCGAGACGAAACUGAUGACGCCCUUGAGCCGCUCGGCCCCGACCACCCUCUACCUCGUGCACACCGACCACGCUUACCAGGCCACGCCCCCCGUGACCAUCCCAGGAUCGGCCAAGUUCACCCCCAAUGGCAGCAGCUUCAGUGUCUCCUGGCAGUCUCCUCCAGUUACCUUCACAGGCAUUCCAGUGUCGCCGACACACCACCACCCCGGGGGCGCAGGAGAGCAGCGGCAGCACGGCCACGCGGUCUUGUCCUCCCCGCCCAGGGGGCCGGUCGGCCUGAGGAAGCCUCGGGGAGAGGGCAAGAAGUGCCGGAAGGUGUACGGCAUGGAGAACCGGGACCUGUGGUGCACCGCCUGCCGCUGGAAGAAGGCGUGCCAGCGCUUCCUGGACUGA